AUGGCCAAAGCCCACUCCAGAUGGCGCUAUGUUCUUCAGGAUAUCGCCGAGCGCUCUCGCCGAAUCGCUUUUACCUCGGUGAGCAAUACAUUUCAAGCUAGGUUCGACAAGGCCGACAGAGUCGAAAACUAUGUCAGCACCUUUGCCGUCGGUCAACUGCAGUACUCGUUCCCACCACGUCGAAUCUUGGGUGUAAUCGAGACAAACGGACAUCGUCGCAAACGUCGCAGAGACCGUCGGGCUGUCUUCUUCGAUAUCGAGGCCGAGGUCGAAGACGAAGAAGACGGCGAAGAUGAGGAGAAAGACGGUGAAGAAAUAGAAGACUUCAUCGACAAUGCUCAUCCCGACGACAUUGCUGAAAGUGGUGGCCUUGAUGAUGACAGACGACACCGCGAAUUGGAUCGUCGACGCGAGAUGGAGGCGAGCAUGGAUGCCGAAAAACAGGCCGAGAUUCUUCGACAGCGAUAUGGCAACCGCCGGCCCACCAAGGGUUUUGGCGACUCGACUGUUGUUCCGAAACGCCUCUUGAUGCCGAGUGUUGAGGAUCCUACUAUCUGGGCUGUCAGAUGCAAGGAGGGCAAGGAGCGGGAAGUUGUCUUUUCCAUCAUGAAGCGCAUCGAGGAGAGAAUGGGCACCAAGGACGAGCUGGCCAUCAUUUCAGCUUUCGAACGCGGCGGCCCAACAUCCGUGAUGAAGGGCUAUAUUUAUGUCGAAGCCAACCGUUCUACUGACAUCAUGGUUGCCCUUGACGGCAUGAUGAACGUCUACCCUCGAUCCAAGAUGAUUCUGGUCGAUAUCAAGGAUAUGCCUGACCUACUUCGUGUUACCAAGACACCCACUCUAGAGCCUGGUGCCUGGGUCAGACUUCGCAAGCCGGCCAAGCACGCGGGUGAUCUUGCACAGGUCGUUGACGUCACCGAGAAUGGCCUAGAAGCUCGAGUUCGGUUCAUUCCCCGUCUGGACUACGGCAUGAGAGAUGAUGCCCUUGCCUCCGCUCUUACCAAUGACGGCAAGCGGAAGCGCCCCAUCGGUGUACCCGGUCCACGGCCACCACAGCGUCUCUUCAAUGAGACAGAAGCCCGUAAACGACACCCAAGGCACAUCCAAGGUAAUCCGACAACCAAAGUGUGGACUUAUAUGGGCGAUGAAUUUGAGAAUGGCUUCCAAGUCAAGGAUAUCAAAAUUCAACAGUUAGUCGUCACAGACGUCAAUCCAACUUUGGAAGAAGUUACCAGGUUUGCUUCUGGUGCUGAGGAUGGCACUGAAAACCUCGACCUCAAGGCCCUUGCUGCUAGCCUCAAGGACAGCAACAUCAAUGUUACAUACCUGCCUGGAGACGUUAUCGAAGUUUACGAGGGCGAGCAGAAGGGUGUUGUGGGAAAAGCCACUAACGUGCAAGGGGAUAUUGUCACCAUGCAAGUUACCGAGGGAGAUCUCGCAGGCCAAGUUAUUGAGGUGCCCACCAAGGGGUUGAGGAAACGAUUCAGGGUUGGUGAUCAUGUAAAAGUCACCAGCGGCAGUCGGUUCCGUGACGAGGUUGGUAUGGUUGUCAAGAUUACCGAGGACCGAGUUACUUUCUUGACCGAUCAAACCAACACUGAAGUCACGGUAUUUAGCAAAGAUCUUCGUGAAGCAAGCGACAUUGGCGGACAAGGCUCUCUGGGGCAGUACGAGCUGUUCGACCUUGUCCAGCUAGAUCCUACUACUGUUGGCUGUAUCGUUAAGGUCGAUCGGGAGUCAGUGGUUGUCCUUGAUCAAAACGGAGACACCCGACAAGUGAUGCCGUCACAAAUCGCUAACAAACUCCCUAAGAGGAAGAUUGCCGUUGCCGCUGAUAGGAACGGUUCCGAAAUCAGACUGGAUGAUGUCGUCAGGGAGUACGGUGCCCAACAACGCCAGGGUAAGAUCAUUCACAUUCACCGUGCCUUCGUCUUUUUGCAUAGCAACAACAACAACGAAAAUGCCGGCGUCUUCGUCACCAAGGCCAGUAAUGUCACAACCAUUGCUGCGAAGGGUGGGCGCGUACUCUCAGCUGGUCCCAACUUGGACCAAAUGAACCCUGCCAUGAAGCGCAACCCCAGUGGCGCAGAGAAUAAGAUGGCACCACCCAAAACCUUCGGCCGUGAUCGUGCGAUUAACCAGACUGUCAUCAUUCGGAAGGGUGGUUACAAGGGCCUCUUGGGUAUUGUCAAGGACGCUACAGAAACCCACGCUCGAGUGGAGUUGCACACGAAGAGCAAGACCAUCACUGUGCCCAAGGAUCAUCUCAGCUUCAAGGAUAAGAAUACGGGUGCAAAGAUCGAAAUCAAUGGUAGAGGCCCUCGACCGAACCAGGGAGGUGCCCCUGGAGGCGGACGUGGUGGUGGAGAUUGGCAGGGAGGUCGAACACCAGUCGCUUCCGGUGGUUCGGAAAGAACUCCUGCUUGGGGUUCACGAACUCCCGCGGCGACUGGUGGCCGAACCCCUGCAUGGAAAUCCAGCAGUCAGGACUACUCAGGCUCACGGACUCCUGCAUGGGCUGAUGGCUCACGGACUGCUUACGGUGACGGCAACAGGACCGCAUAUGGUGGCGGUUCAAGAACACCGGCAUGGCAAUCCGGUGCGAAGACACCGGCACAUGAUGCCUUUGGCCUGGGAUCCAAGACGCCGGCAUAUGGAGGAGACGCGUGGGGCUCUGGUUCCAAGACCCCUGCGUAUGGGGGCUCCGCGCCUACUCCUGGUGCCAGUGGUAGUGAUUCUUGGGGAUACACACCGGGUCAGUCUGGCUAUGACGCACCGACGCCUGGCGGAAACCUCCUGGGCGCACCAACUCCGGGUGCUCUGAAUGCCCCUACCCCUGGCGCAUACUCGGCACCGACCCCGGCUGCUGCCAGUGCUCCGACCCCCGGUGGCGGAUGGCAAGGUGGCUGGGCUGCUGAAUCGGCCCCAACACCAGCAGCUGGUGCUCCGACUCCUGCUGCCAGCGGCUUCGCCUCAUCAUCAGGUUAUUAUGGAGCUCCUACCCCAGCCGCGUACGGUGCACCAGAGACACCGGCUGCCAGCGGGCCUAGAUACACUGAUGACGACUAA